AUGAAGUACUGUCCUGCCCCAGGUUGCGAAUUCGCUCUUGAAUGUUCGGUUAAUGAUAUCAGAGGUUUCAAUCACCUGAUUUGCGAGGUCCCAUGUCAGAACACGGCGAAAAAACCGGAGGAUUUUAUAGUUGCAGCCGGUACAAGAGCGCGAGAAAGAAUGGAGAGUAUAGUACAGAAGAGAAGAUCAGACGGAGGGCCAAGAAUGCGAUCCGGAAGUAUGCACAUUAUUUCGAGAGAUGGAAUGUUCAUCACAGAUGGUUGGACUCAGAUUGUGGAAUCUAGGAGAGUUUUGAAAUGGUCCUACACAUAUGGGUACUAUCUACCGGAGAAUGAACCGGCAAGGAAGAAGUUCUUCGAGUAUUUACAAGGGGAAGCGGAAUCUAAUUUGGAGAGACUCCAUAGUGUUGUUGAGAAAGAGCUUCCAAAACACAGCAGCGAAGAAGUUCCUCCGUCCGAAUUUAGGAGUUUCAGAACCAAACUCAUUGAUCUAACCAAGAUUACACACGGACUUACUUUGAGAACUUGGUCACAGCACUAG